CAGAUAAGUACAAUCUGAGUGAAACCAAGCGCUCUUCGAUCUUCAAGAUGGAUUCCAAUAUGUUUUCCGGUUGUGUGAGAAUUCUGAGAGAAUCCCAUUCCAUUCUUCUGAAAAACAGAAGCCUUAUGGCCUCCAUCUCCUUACUCAUCCUCCUCCUUCACUCUUUCCUCGUCUCAUGCAAAUUCUUCUUCCUUAGGCUUUUAAUUAAAGAUUUUGCCAUGAAAGAAACUCGUCUGUUCUUUACAAGCCCAGAAAGUUCUCAGUACACCAACCUUGUUUCUGCUAUGACAGAAGAUGUUCACUUAUUUGCAGCACUCGCAUGGUUCUUCGUUCUUGUCCUCUCCAUGGCCUCCUUAUUCUCAGCAGCCACUGUAGUUUUAGCAUCAGCUAUAACUUAUGGAAAAGAAAACUUGUCUUUCAGAGAUUUGCUGCCAAAAGUAUUCAAAGCAAGUAAAAGGCUAAUAAUCACUUGGUUCUACGUAUCUGUCUUUGAUCUUGGUUAUUUAGUCCUUGCAUCCAUUUCCAUAUUUGCCUUGGCUAUGAAUUUGGCUUCUCCACAACGCCCAACAACCUUUGUUUAUGUCAUAUCAAUUCCAGUGUUAGCUUUUCUGAUAUUCCUCGCAGUGGUUUGGAACAUGUCUGUUGUUAUUUCAGUACUUGAAGAGAAAAGCGGACUUGAAGCAAUUGGGAAGGCUUCGCAGAUUUUGAAGGGAUUGAAGGGGCAAGGGUUUCUGCUAAAUCUUGUUUAUACAGUAAUUGCUUUGAUUGUGCAGAUCUGGUGGUUCCUGGAGACAAAGAAGAAAGGAACUUACAACUCACUGUUUCUGGCACUAAUUUUGGUGAAUGUCACCUGCCUCACUAAGAUGUCACAAAUGAUGGCGUUCACAGUGUUUUAUCAUAUGUGCAAGUUCAACCAUGGAGAAGAGGUUGAGUUGCAGGGAAACUUGGAAUACACUAAGUUGCCCAUUGAACCAAUGAUUGGAGCAGAAGCACCGUAGGGGGAAGAAAGUUAUUAUAAUUAGUUACCUUAAUUAUGUAUUUUGGUCGUUUGUUUCUUUCAGCGUUGUCUGGACAUGCUGUUUCAUGUACGUAGAUGCUUUGAGCUUUGUCAAUCACAAUAAGACUAUAUAUGUGUAGUGAGUGACAUAUAUAGAUACUUAGGUUGUUUAAGGCGUGGGUCUAAUUCUACUAAGCUAGCUUUGGAAAGCAGUGCACAAGGUUCAUUAUAUAUUUUUGUUA